GUGUCCAGAGCAGUGGAUCUGUGUGCAGCGCCAGGCAGCUGGAGUCAGGUCCUGAGUCGGAAACUAAGGGGUAACGAGGAGAAAGGUGAGCGAGGGGAAAAGGUGAAGAUCGUGGCGGUGGAUCUGCAGGCCAUGGCUCCUCUCUCAGGAGUCACUCAGAUUCAGGGAGACAUCACCAAGGUAUCGACAGCCCAGGAGAUAAUCUGCCACUUUGAGGGGGAGCCUGCAGAUCUGGUGGUGUGUGACGGAGCUCCAGACGUAACUGGACUCCAUGAUGUAGAUGAGUACAUACAAGCUCAGCUCCUACUAGCUGCCUUGAACAUCACCACCCAUGUCCUGAAACCUGGAGGAGCAUUUGUGGCU